AUGGGUUGUGUUGCGCCCCCCCUGCCAGCAGUGCUGCUUACCACGAGCAGAUUGCACGCACGUGUGGCGAGGUGUCACCCAAUCCAACCUCUCCCCCAGCUACCAAACCAGACUCUCACCCCCUCCCUUGAACCUCUCCCCCUUCCCCCCGGAUUCCUCUCCCCUGCUGACAGUGCUGGUUAUCACAAGCAGACUGCACGUUGCUGGUUACCACGAGGAGAUUGCACGUGCGAUGAGGUCUCGCCCAACCCAUCCCUACUAAGCAACAUAGUCAUCUGGCUGUACAUGCACCCCAAGGAUUUUUUCCGGCGCAACAACACGCGCAAGCUGCCGUGGCAGGUGGCGGGGGGUGAGCACAACACUGUUUCCUCUGAGUUCUCUGCCUUCGUCAACCACUCCUCCAUGGUGUCUCCAUUCGCUUUGCUUGCUGCCCCCACCCUCAUGCCUGCAGGACUUUCUGCGGCGCAACAACACGGGCAAGCUGCUGUGGCGGGACUUUCUGCGGUGCAACAACACGGGCAAGCUGCUGUGGCAGGUGCUGGGUGCGCCACACCCCUCUGUAUCCCAUACCACCGCACUACGUCUUCCUUUCUCCUCACCCACCCCACCCCUCCUCCUAUGCUCCCAGAAAUUUUUGCGGCGCAACAACACGGGCACUUGCUGUGGUUUGAGACGUCUCAGAACACUUGCUGUAGCAGGUGCAAGGGGUCAGCACUCCCUACCUUUUCCCUGUCCGUGUCUCCCAUUCUUCCCUGUGCGCCCCCAUCCUCGUUCCUGCAGGACUUUCUGCGGCGCAACAACACGGGAAAGCUGCUGUGGCAGGUGCUGGGGGGAGAGAGUGCGCGGCUGUGUGUGUUUGGCAUCAAUGCCCACGAGGAGAGAAUGUGGGAUGAGCUGAAGCGAGCAGGUGAGUGUGACGGGUGCUCUGUGUGUGUGUGA